ACUAUGCUUUUAAACAGGCAUUUGGGUAGACAGACAUUGGUUGGCGAGGUCCUAAAGGCCGGGUUUGCUGAUCACGUCACGUAGUGCUAUAUUCCCUGGAUGCUACAUGCGUUGGAUUAAUUUGGUGAGAAACAUGUCUGGAAACAACCCAGUCCUCAAUAGAUUAGAGCAGAGGGCAACUGAAGCAGACCAAGUUAUUGAGUAUUUGAAGCAGCAGGUCAACCUUCUGAAAGAGAAAGCAAUUUUACAGGCCUCUAUUCGAGAAGAGAAGAAGCUGCGAGUGGAAAAUGCAAAACUGAAGAAAGAUAUUGAAGAACUCAAAAAGCAGCUUAUUGAAAUAGAAAUAAGAAAUGGAGUUAAACAGAUUCCUCUACCUACGGCCACAUCUGUCCAGUCCAGUUCACAUGCCCCAUCAACUCAAACUGUGAAACCUGCUGCACCUUCUAAUCCUGCAGCAUUACAUACCCAAGAGGAUGUUCCAAAAACUAAUGAAGAGAAAAAGAAGAAAGAAAAGCCAGAGAAAAAAGGAGAAAAGAAAGACAAAAAACAGUUGCCAGGAGAAGAUGAUUCAAAGCCGGUGGAUGUAGCCCGACUUGAUUUACGUGUUGGCAGGAUUGUGAUGGCCAAGAAGCAUCCAGAUGCAGACUCUCUUUAUGUUGAAGAGGUGGAUGUAGGUGAACCUGCUGCUCGGACCGUUGUUAGUGGUCUAGUGAAGUAUGUCCCAGUGGAGCAGAUGCAAAACAGGAUGGCUGUACUACUUUGCAAUUUGAAGCCUGCAAAGAUGAGGGGAGUGAUCUCUCAGGCAAUGGUGAUGUGUGCCAGUUCUCCUGAUAAAGUAGAAAUUCUUGACCCUCCAGCUGGGGCUAUACCAGGAGAUCGAGUGACAUGUGAGGGGUUUCCAGGAGAACCAGACAAGGAGCUAAAUCCCAAGAAGAAAAUCUGGGAGCAAGUGCAACCUGAUCUUCGUACUAAUGAGAAGUGUGUGGCAACUUACAAAGGAGUGUCAUUUGAAGUCAAAGGAAAAGGUGUCUGCAAGGCACAGACCAUGAGUAACAGUGGAAUUAAAUGAGUUUUUUUUCACACAUUAUAUUUUGAAAGCAAUUACAAACACAGAGGCUCCUGUCAAAAACAUGACCAUAAAAAUAAAGAUCUUUAGAUUCUACAA